UCGCCUGGUCCCUCGCAGCCCAGCAGCCCGUGACCUCCCAGCCAUGAGCCGCCAGCUGCACCUCUACUCUGGAGGGGAGCGCCUGGCCUUCAGCGGCUGCUCGGCAGUCAUCUCAGGCCGGGUCAGCAGCUGCUGCACCUCGUUUCGGGCUGGCGUCAAAGGCAAGGCCACCUUUGGCAGCAGGAGCCUUUUUAACCCUGGGGCCAGCCGGCGCCUGGCCCUGAGCACCGCCUCCAGGCGGGGGGGCUCCGCGCUGCGUCCCUGUGCAGCCACAGGCGGUGGCCGCCUGGGCGGCUUCGUGGGCACCGUUUUCGGCAGUGCGGGGCUGGGGCUCGCGUGUCCCUCCGUGUGCCCGCCCAGCGGCAUCCCGCAGGUCACCGUCAACAAGAGCCUCCUGGCCCCCCUCAACGUGGAGCUGGACCCCGAGUUCCAGAAGGUGCGCGCGCAGGAGCGGGAGCAGAUCAAGGCGCUGAACAAUAAGUUCGCUUCCUUCAUCGACAAGGUGCGGUUUCUGGAGCAGCAGAACCAGGUGCUGGAGACCAAGUGGGAGCUGCUGCAGCAGCUGGACCUGAACACCUAUAAGAACAACCUGGAGCCCAUCCUUGAGGGCUACAUCAGCACCCUGCAGAAGCAGAUGGAGACACUGUCCGGGGACAGGGUAAGGCUGGACUCGGAGCUGAGGAGCGUGCGAGACGUGGUGGAGGACUACAAGAAGAGGUAUGAGGUGGAGAUUAACAGACGCACCGCUGCUGAGAAUGAGUUUGUGGAGCUCAAGAAGGAUGUGGACACUGCCUACAUGAACAAGGUUGAGCUCCAGGCCAAGGUGGACUCCUUGACAGACGAGAUCAAGUUCUUCAAGUACCUGUACGAAGGGGAGAUCGCUCAGAUCCAGUCUCACAUCAGCGACACGUCCGUCAUCCUGUCCAUGGACAACAACCGGGACCUGGACCUGGACAGCAUCAUCGCUGAGGUCCGUGCCCAGUAUGAGGACAUCUCCCUGAAGAGCAAGGCCGAGGCUGAGGCGCUGUACCAGAGCAAGAUCCAGGAGCUACAGGUCACGGCAGGCCAGCAUGGGGAUGACCUCAAACUCACCAAGGCAGAGAUCUCAGAUCUCAACCGGCUGAUCCAGAGGAUCUGCGCGGAGAUAGGAAGUGUGAAGAAGCAGUGCUCCAACCUAGAGACAGCCAUCACUGAUGCUGAGCAGCGGGGCGACUGCACCCUGAAGGACGCCCAGGCCAAGCUGGAUGAGUUGGAGGGCGCCCUGUACCAGGCCAAGGAGGAGCUGGCCCGAAUGCUGCGGGAGUACCAGGAGCUCAUGAGCACAAAGCUGGCCCUGGACGUGGAGAUCGCCACCUACCGCAAGCUGCUAGAGGGCGAGGAGUGCAGGAUGUAUGGUGACUAUCCAAAUUCCAUGAGCAUCUCCGUCAUCAGCAACACCAUCGCCAGGGCAGGAGGGGCUGGCUUCAGCGUGGGCUUUGGCGCCUCCAGCACUUACAGCUAUAAACCUUCAGCAGUAGAUGUUAAAACCAAAGGCAGCUGUGGCAGCGAGUUCAAGGAUCUCCCUGCUAAAACCUCAGGCAGCAGACGUGCAACCAAAAAGGCCUUGAGAUGAAGGGCAGGUGAAGCUGGCUCUGUGAGCAGAAAGCUUUAGACCCCCCCAUGCAUCUCCCCACUCCCUCCCCCCCAACCCCAUCUACCAUCCUCGUCUCCUCCCUCAGGGCCCCUUCCAAAGUCAGGAAUACCUCCUCUGUAACCACAAUCCCAGUCCCAUUCCCGCUUCCUCUUGUCCUCUGCAGGCAAUGUACAGAUGCAAGAAGUACAGCCAUGGCCUCUCUCAGUGACCUCCUCCUCAGCCACUUUUCCCUGGGCCACUGCCCUGAAUGCAGAUAACACACAUACCCAGGAUGCUUCCCCGUGGCCGGACAAGUCCCUCUGUCCUUCACAGCCAAGGGUGUCUCAUUGUCCUACGAUUGGGGUCAUACCCCGGCCUCUGCUUCUCUUGCAAUAAAUGAUCAAUACCAUUUGAUUCUGAGCAUCAG